AUGGAUUUGCCGCUUGAAGAAGAAGAAAUAGACGUGUUUAGAAAUGUGGGGCAAGGACUAGUCGAUAGAUACAGGGAGAUAAUGAUACAGUAUUGGCAAGAGCUUAUUAACGAAAUAGAGUCCACCAAUGAACCUGGAAGCGAACAUAACGAUGACUUCAAAUCUCAUUCGCUUCCUUUGGCAAGGAUAAAAAAAGUCAUGAAGACCGACGAAGACGUGCGAAUGAUUAGUGCAGAAGCACCUAUUCUUUUCGCGAAAGCUUGCGAAAUUUUUAUCACAGAACUAACCAUGCGGGCGUGGUGUGUUGCUGAAGAACACAAACGUCGCACACUACAAAAAAGCGAUAUUGCACAAGCGUUGCUCAAGAGUGAUAUGUUUGAUUUUUUGAUCGAUAUUGUCCCAAGAAAUUUGUAA